CAGCGCCGGUAAAUUACCUCGUUCCGAAUGCGGCAAACUGGUUGGAUGGUCCACGGGCGCAGCCCUCAACCGUCUUAAAUAAAUGUAUAUAAGAGAGAGAGAGGGCAGCCGGUGAGGCAACUACCAGUCGUCCACAGCCAGCGGCGUUGGGGCGAUGCGCUCCCCGCGACGGGAAAGACACACUACGUGGAAACGCGCUAGGGGCCUUGCAAUUCGCAGAGUGCACCAUCGGUGCCUGGAGCGCUUCGUUCAGAGGGCUCCCACAUGGGCCCCAUACCGGUCCGGCCACAGGAGGGAUAAUGCAAAGGAACGCGGGUGCGCGUCGUAUGACUUGGUAAGACUUGGCGAGCGCGGAGGUCAAAGCUGACCCUCCGCUUCGAAGCGGAGUGCGCUCUGCGUUCAUAUGCAGGCGUUGGACGUCCGCCCCUCGUGCAUUCGUCACCGAGCAGCUGGCCUUCACAUGACGAGCGAGAGGAUGGCGCGAACGAGGUUCGCGGCGUGCAGCACCGUGCUGAGGAUGAGGACGGAACACCACAUGAAAGGCGUCCAUGCCGAGACGCUUGUUGUAAUGAGAGGCGCGCUGUACGCACACAGGUAGACCGAGAGCGGCACGAUGAACGCCGUCGACCCGAGAACGCCCCGGAAUGGCUUGCCCAAGCGUGCCUUCGCGGCCCUGACGCCCAAGCUAAGCUUCCCCCCGACGAUGGGAAUGCCAUUCCAAUCCUGGAAAUCCUCCUCCACCGCCGUCACAAUGAAGACCAGGGCCGCCAACAAGGCAUGCGCCCCCAGGGACACCCUGCCGGGCGCGGCGUGGUAUGCCUCCGCGACGAAGAGCACGGCCUGCCACCCCGCGAGGGCGCAGAUGCACGGCCGGCCCGGCUGCGGGACCGCCGCCGCCUCCCCCGGCGACGGCGCCGCCCCGGCCGGCGCCGGCCUCGCCGCGGCGGCUGCCGCCCUCUCCACCGGCCUGGCGGCCGAGCUGGCGCUGGCCCACGCCAAGGAUCCACCCACAGCCGCCGAUCCAACUCGGCGCCGCGCCCAGCGGGGGAGGGCCGCGGGGGGGAAGGCAGAGGGGAUUCGAGCAGCAGGAGGAGGAACAAACGACGGCACAAUCCUGCACUUUCGGUGGUCCGCGCAGAGUUCUUGGGCGGCGCUGGGGCCCCCCACCCCGCCACCACCUGGGAGGCGCCUCGGGCGCCGCUACCCGAGCGCGGAGAGAGGGUCCUGAGGAGGCGGGCCCAGCGCCAACUCGAGAAAUCCGCGCAGACCUCUGAAAAAAAAAAGUACAUCGUUUUGUUUCUUUUGGAAGCCACCCAAAUGGAGCCGAAAACGACAAAAUCGCGUCACGAUGACGUGAGCGCCGGUUUCCGACGCCUCGUGGUCUUC